AAAGAGAACCAGCAAACUACACACUGAUAAUAACAGGCGAGAUUCAUUUCACUUCCCGGCCGGGUAUAUAACGAUUCUUAAAUCUCUGAAACAGAAAAGAGAACAAGUAAACCACAAACUGAUAAUAACAGGUCAGAAGGUAACACAAACAUCUUUUUCAUAUAUCCCGUCCCUGGAGAACAGACAUGAAUUUCGUGUAAAAAUGUAUCACAAACCAAAGAGAUACCCAAAAAUACACACAGCAGAUGGAGAUGGUUUCUUAUAUAAUGUAUAUGCACUCCCCCAAAGAUGGGUUUUUUCACUAACUAAUAGGUUUAACGACACAAUCAACCUGGUCAUCAGCAACUUUUCCUGAACCACAUGUACCCAUUUUUAUGAAUGAACCUAAGGCUGAUAAAUUCAUGAAGCUACUACUUCCUUCACUGAGGUAAUCAUACAAAUGUUGCUUCUAUAAAGAGCAGACUGGGGAUCAGAAGGAAUGUGGUGUCAGGGUUGGGCUUGUUGUGGCAGCAUAGGGCUACUGCAUAAUGAGCAUACAUUUUGUGACCGCGGCCUUGAACUUCAAUCAUGCAGAUUUGAUUAAAGAAUAUGCAGCACAUUUUAGCUUCUCUGAUCUGCAAAGAAGCAGCAGACAUAUUAUCCUUGCGAUUCUGGUGAAGACCAAACAAAAGGCUCGAACAGUGAAGGGGCUCCAUGUUUAUAUUUGACUGCAACUAUGGAAUCUUCUGCACAUUAUCAUUAUGAAGUUGUGCUUCUUUUCUGGAAUGGAUGCAUUUCAUUGGGUCUUAAACUUCUCAAGGCUUAACAUUCUUUGGGCUGUGUUAUGUUGUGGUAUAAUAAUGGGUACGGGGAGGAAGAAGAUUGAGAUAAAGAUGAUACAUGAUAGGAAAAAAAGAAGCGUAACAUUCUCCAAAAGACGUCAAGGUCUGUUUAAAAAAGCUGAUGAAUUAUGUCGUCUCACUGGUGCAGAUAUUUCUCUGAGUGUAUUCUCCCCUUCUGGAAAAUUGUUUACGUUUGGUUGCUCUAAUUCAGAUGAAGUCCUUUACAGAUUUCCUGUGAAAGAAGAAGAAAAGGAAGUUGAUGGGAAUAAUAGUAGAUCAGAAAAUGGUGAUGGGUUUUGGUGGAAUAAUCUAAACAUUGACGAACUUGAUACUCUCGAGAAGGUAGACGCUGUGACAGAACAAUUGCUUCAAGUGCAGAAUCUUGUUGUCAAGAGAAAGGAAGAGUUACUUGCUGCAUUAUCCACCUCUUCAGCCGCGGCAAAAGAAACUACUACUAGUAAUAUGGAGGAUUCUUGUAUGUUUUCAGUGAAACAAGAAGACGAUUCUUGGUUUCCUUCUCUAACGUCUGGUUAUAUGAAUGAGUUUGAUGAAUUACUGAAAGAUUUCUAUGUUGAUCAAAAGAUGCAACAACUGCCCGCUUAUUAACCAAGAAAGAACCCAAACGAGGAAGGAGUUCUUGAAGGAUUUAAAUGUACUUACUGUAUGUAGUGUUGUUCUUAUCAUUUGAAGUUACAAAACUGAAAAUCAAUGUUCAAUUUUCAUUGUUGUUAUUGUCUCUUGAAAACAAUGUAUGUGAUUACAACAAAUUGUAGCACUGAAACUCAUUAUGGUUUCCAUGAUUUUGCUUAUGCAUAUUCAAUUUCAAAAUGGCUGGUCACUUUA